AUGACAGAUGCAGAGGUGAAGACAUCUUCCGUUCCGCUAAAUUUCGGAGAAGUUCCCAUCGAUGUCCAACGCGUUAAUAGUGGCUCAGAAGAUGCAUCUGGCAAGAACGGCUUACAUGCACGACGAGAAGAAGCAGAAGAAGUUGCCGCUCUUCGAGAAUUUACCGUAGUUCAGGGUUGGUGGAAUACCCACGUAUGGAUUCUGAAGCAACAGCUGGACUUCGACGACGUACUGAAAGACCCCCGACCCCAAAGCCAAAGGCGAGGAAGUUCUGGUAGCGUAGAAGCAGUUGUUGUUGCGAUGCAAGAAGGCUCAGAGUCGUCCCGACUUGGACAAGGGAGAGCAACGACGUUUAGCUUCCCCUUCCUAUUCUUCAAAGAUGCACUGGAUGCUGAAUGUUUGAAAGACACUGUAUUACACACAGAGACUCUGGAUAGGCCCGAGAGAGUUCAAACCGGUUUGGCAACCAUUCUCACUGCAGACGGACACACAGGAAAGAGGCAGACGGGAACUUCUGGUUUUGAGAGGCGCGCUCUUCAGGGCCUCCGCUAUUUUUCCACCGAGUCCCCAGAUUCUGAGGAAACGCUUGGGAGGCGUCGCGUCCUCUCUAAACUUGUUCUCCCACUGGGUAUGCCAUCAACAAAUAACGGCGGCAUCGGCAUUCCCGACAGUCUGCCACAGAAGCCUGAAAUCACAUUAGAAACUACAGCUAAGACGGCUUCCAACAGCCGAAAGCCCGAGUCUGGGUAUGCAUCGACAGAGAGAAGUCAUGACUCUUUAGAAUAUCUUAAUCUACGUCACCUAUCCAGCAAGAGAGUUGGUUCGCCGUCCUGGUUGAUCCACGAGCGUCUAGGACGAGAGCCUCAAAGGCGGGAAGAAAACAAGCGCCAAUGUGGAGCAAGAGCAUUCCUUCUGGCCUCUUGGGAUGAAGGGCAAGCAGCGUCGAGCGAGCUGAAAGGAGACGGGGAGUCACAGAAACACGGCAAACGGGGUGCAGCUGGCAUCGAGAAGGCACAGCAACAAAAUGCAAGCCAUAUCAUAAGUAAGAAGCUCUCUGCAUUGAGUUCUGGGAAAGGUACAGGUUUUAGCGGUCCCUCACCCUCUGAGGAGACUGGCACAAAUGGCGUGAACUUUGGAGGGGAGCAAAGCCGCGAGAUUCCACCGGAGAACGUCACAGCUGUCGUCCUUGAGGAGUCUGUCGGAGAUGUGACUUUCUUCUGGAACGUAGAAUCUGACGUUGGCAAACUAUUCCUCCAGCCGGCUAGUAUAUCAACAAUACUUCGCGAUCAUCGAGCCAAAUCCCGUUUCGCCAACGGUCAAGAACAAAGGUCGGUUGUUGGAUUUAUUCUGCAAGACAUACUCGACCAGAGAGCCGUCGCAGCCAGCUCAGUGCCGCUGGUUGAACCGAAAGCGCUUGCACACCAAAGCAUUUGGGAAUCGGUAGCGCAUUCGCUUUUCUUCGGCGACUUUAUGCCAAGCACAACCGAGACCUCCAGUAUUUUUUCGUCGCCUUCCGGCUGCCAGUCUCACUGGCUUGGAGACGGCAUAUGCGAUGAGUUGUGUGACACUGGAAUAUACGGCUUUGACCGAGGCGACUGCCCCCACCGUAAUCCUGCUGCAGAACAGCUUCUCGAGCAACAAGAAGAGCAGUAUGCCACAGCAAGGCCGUUUGCAUCAAUACGAAAGGCAGUUAUAGAUGCAUAUGCAAACCCUCCAGAACGUCUUUGCGUAGACCAGAACAACCGACCACUAUGCCCUCCUUCGCUCCACUGCCUGGAUGAUGGAUCAUGCGGCUGCCGCGAAGGGUACACGAUGGAGAGCGGAGGCUGUGUUGAUGUUGACGAAUGCUCCAAUGGCCUUGCAAGCUGCGCACCUCCGUCUGUUGCAACCUGCGUCAACACCAGCGGAGGAUACUUUUGUAGUUGCGUUGAUGGCUACGAAGGCGACGGCCGUCAGUGCGUUGCCAGCCCCUCCACAGCUGAGGCGGAGAUUUCUAUUGCCAUGGACUAUCAGAAAACCAUUGCAGCUGCUGGAGGGAAGGACAUGCUUAAAGAGGCGUUGAUCGAUGCGAUAUUACAGAGAAAUCUUGAAGGGCCAUCGAAAGCUCUGAAAUCCAUGACCUACAUAUGUGUGGCUCGAAAAAAAAAACCGGAGGACCGGCCUUUCGCUCUGCAGGCAAUCCCAGCUCUAGGUGAUCGAAAGCGCAUUGAGGUCCAUAACAUGUGCGAAGGAAGCAUCAAUGCUACAAUUCGGAUCCACCCUCCAACAGGCGACGGGCCAUCGUAUCUAGAUGGAUCAGACAACUUAAGGCAGCUUACAGCAGCUGAAGUUCUUCUGGCUCUUCAGGAACAGCUGGCGGAGCCACUGUCGUCUCUCAGGACUGGGCCAUUUGGGGAGUAUGCGUCGUACACAACGAUCGGUGAGUAA